UGGCCAUUCUCUUCUAAGGGACUUUUUUUUCUUUUUUUUAAGUUGCAUCACAGAAGCGGUCGAGCAGUGGCUGCAAACAUCCGACCAAGGGCAAGUUGGCGAAACCUCUACGACCCCCUUGCAACAGGGAGCCAGGGGGUUGUUUGAAUGUGGGUGUAUGCUUGCAUGAACUCAGAAGGCUGUGUCAGAAGCCUGGGUCUCCAGCCGCGCGCUCAACAGGCACCAUUGCCUGAGACGUGGCUGAGGACGUUUGUGAAUGCUGCGCAGCACGAAGCUUGGAUGGCUGGGAUUUGUCGCAUGCAGUCUGGAACUUUUCUUGGAAUCACCUGUAUAUAGAGGUCCAGAAGGGCUGCCCGUCGCACAUUCAGGCCAACAUAGAGCCAGCAAUCCACCGCAAUUUCAGCUACUCCCUCCCAGCGCAAGCAAGACCAGCUGUACUCUUGGACAGCAUGACACCCCGCACCCGCACCUCUCCCCUCUGGGACCCUUCAACUGUCCUCAAGAUCGACAGUAUGGGCCGCUGCGCGGGCUGGGCCCACACCCGUGGACGCAACUGCGCGAACACCAUCGCAUUCCACAACCAGCAGAACGCAGAAUACCUCCUGAAAACCAUCAGCACCAAGGAGCCUGAUCCGAUCGCUCUCGAAGAUGACCUCUACGACUUGGCAGGCUUCGUGCUGUGCAGGCGGUGGCACCAGGACCAGGCGGACGCAAUGGUGGAGAAGUGGAGUGCGAGGAUGGAGCGUUUUGCGACGGCUCGACGAGUGCUUAAUGGCGGACGUCGAAGCCGGGGUUCUAGGACUUCGUCUUCUGGAACUUCAGAAGCAGCAACGCCAUCGACCUCGCCGAGCUCGUCUGGGUCCGAGAUUAGCGCGAUGCAGUCAUUGAUGUCGCAGCACUUGGAUCGCAUUGCGCAGCUGGAAGCGAUGAUUGCUACACUUUCUGCUCGGGUUACUCCUUCCCAAGAAGCAACUGCUACCUCAGUCACCCCAGGUGAAGUCACGCCUCCGGUCCAAGUCACGCCUCCGGUCCAAGCCACGCCUCCAGUCCAAGUCACGCCUCCAGUCCAAGGCGCGCCUGCAACGUCAGCCCCAAUCCCUGUACAUCGCCGUAUCCCUUCACAACCACGCCGGUCUUCACCUUCCGCUGCUCAGCCAGUGACCCAACGACCAUGCGCCAUCCCCCACGUCCGCCGGCGUGCCGUCGAUGACGACUGCCCCAUCUGCCACGAUGCCUUCCUCGCGGACGAGGCGCUCGUAUGGUGCAAGCGCGAGUGCGGACGCACAGUACACAAGACGUGCUUUGCGGGCUGGGAGAAGGUAUCUCGGGAUGAAGGCAAACCCGUGAAGUGUGGGAUGUGCAGGGCGGCAUGGGAAAGAUCUUCUCGAUCUCCGGUCGAGUCAACGGCUCCUCAAUCCCCAACGUCGCAUCUACAUGCAAAGCAGCCUGUUCCGGUAUCUCUUUCCGCUGCUCCCCAACUAGACUACUCGCAAAUUUUCGAUCGCGCGGGAUUUUCAUGCCCCCAUGUCUUCCCUGAUGCUCGGAUGGCUGCUUUGACAAGGUUUCCAGAUUGGCAUACGGGUUGGUCCGACAGCUCUUUGGCGACAGCGAGUCGGUAG